UGACCUGGAUCGUGCCGGGAGGUCACUGGCUACACCGGGGAGGGGGGAGGAACGCUGACCCUCCACCUCUGCCUUUUCACCCCUCGCUCUUCCUCUAUCACUCCGUCCCACCCUUCCUCUCGCUCUACACCUCCCUCCGUCACUCGCUUCCUGCCAAGGCGGAACUGCAGCAGCCCUCGGCCUCCUCCCUGCUCUGCUCACUGCCCUCGCUCUCUCCUCCAGCCCUUCGGCAGUCUGCGCACCUCCCCCUCCCCACCCCCUCCACAGCCACCGCGAGACGCAACGGCCCAGAGACCGGACCAGAAAGCCGUGGCCCCGAGGACAGGGCGAGUGAGGAGCAGCCAGGGAGAGCAAGUGGGGGGGAGGGGGGAUCUGGAAAUGGCAACAGGCCGGUCCCCGGCUAUGGGGCCCAGCUGGGACAGGUAGGCCACAGGCUGGCCUCUACACCGCUCAGUCACAGGGAGGGGCAGACAGGAAACCUGCCACAGCGAGAGAAACAACUGGCCAGACAUGAAACGGCAGAAGGGGAAGAAGAAAGGACAAGCAAAGGAACGAGUAUUCGGCUGUGAUCUGGUAACACAUCUGGAGGGGAGCGGACAAGACGUCCCCCAGGUUUUGAAGCUGUGUGCAGAAUUCAUCGAACAGCAUGGGGUUGUCGAUGGCAUCUAUCGGCUGUCUGGAAUAUCGUCCAACAUACAGAAACUGCGGCAGGAGUUCGACACGGAGAAGACGGUGGAUCUGUCCAAAGAGGUUUACCUGCAGGACAUACACUGCGUCAGCUCGCUCUGCAAGGCCUACUUCCGAGAAUUACCCAACCCGCUGCUCAUGUACCGACUGUACGACAAAUUCGCAGAUGCAGUGAACACCCAGCUGGAAGCUGAACGACUGCUCAAAAUACGUCACGUGCUGCAGGAGCUGCCCCCAUCCCAUUACAGGACCCUGGAAUACCUGAUGCAGCACCUCCUGCGAAUGGCCUCCUGCAGCCCACAGACCAACAUGCACGCCCGGAACCUGGCCAUUGUGUGGGCCCCCAACCUGCUGAGAUCCAAGGAGAUCGAGAUGUCGGGAUUCAACGGGACGGCUGCCUUCAUGGAGGUUCGCGUUCAGUCCAUCGUGGUGGAGUUCAUCCUCAACCACGUACAGCACCUCUUCGGCUCUGGCGACUGGCACACCGACUCUGACGGAGAUUCCGAGCGAUGCCAGUCGCUGCCCUGCCUCAGCCCGGGGUGGGAGCAAGCACCCGGACGCACCCACCCCUCGCAAAUCCCACGCAUCCUUCAUCUGGGCGACGGCCCUCCAGCCAUGCGGCCCUAUCACUCCAUCAUCGAGCUGCCGGAGAGCAGGAGGAAAGGUUCUUUGAAAGUCAAGAAAUGGCGAUCAAUAUUUAACCUCGGGAGGUCUGGGAAUGAUGCUAAACGAAAAGUGUGUCGGAAUGAAGAGAAAGAUCCAAAGACGUCCUCCCUCACCCUGAGGCCUGCAAAGAGCAUGGACUCGUUGAGCUCAGCACCCUACACCAACGACGGAUCUCCCACCCAUGGUGCAGGCCGAGGCACCCUCAGCCGCCGGGAAAGUUUAUCCAGUGGUUCACUGGACCCGGCCUUCCUGCUGCCGCCGGAGCAGGUGGGACGUCCCGUCCUCCGCGGGAGCCCCGACUCCCCCCGCUCGGCCAAGGAGGCGCGGGAGAGGGCCGGCCGCAGGGUGGCUCUCCACAUCUCCGGCCCUUUCUCCGUCUCCCUGCCCUCGCACGUCACUCCCCUCCUGCACAGACCACACGGGGGGCAGACGGCAGCCACAUGCCCCACCCAGGGGCCGCCGCCGCCUACAGAGCAGAGCGCGCAUCGAGCCCAGGAAACAGAGAACACGGCGGAGGAUGAGGAGGACGAGGAGGGGGAAGAGGAGGAGAUGGAGCAAGGCGGAGAGGAUGAAGAGUCACUGAAGCUGCCUCUCCCCACAGCUUUGGCUCUGCCUCUGCCCGAGAUCUCUCUGGAACUGCAGGACACCUUCUCGUUCCUGGACAACCAGGAGAUGGGCGACUGUGACCUCGAGUACCCUGGGGAACUCGGGCAACCCCUCCGCACACCUGAGGAGAUGGACCCCUCCGAGUAUGACCCGGCCGCCAGCGCCGGCGGGUUGGGGGGCGUGGACAUGAGCAUCGAGUCCGAGCUGAUGGAGCGGGAGAUGGACGAGGGAGAACUGCCCACAUACACGCAGCUCCACCUCCAGGAGUUCUCGGUGGAGCCCCCGUGUGAGGAGGACUGGGGGCCGGACCAGGAUCAGCCCCAUUGCUGGACCCCUCCCAGGGUGGAGGAAGACAUCUCCGAGGAGGAAGAGCCCGGCGAUCCCAGCGCGCAGUCCGGCGCCGAGGACAACCCUACCGCGGGGGGCACCGACGGGCAGGAUGAUCCCAACGAGCCGGCGGCCGGGCCUGGUUCCCCGGGCUGCGAGGGGACCACGGCCGGGUUCGAGGAGCCACUUGUAGGGAGCGCGGGGCCGGAUGGUUGGGGGACGGGGGACCCGAGCGUUGAGGCGGCGGCCACUGGGGUCCCGGAGGGAGCCGAUGCUGGGGUCGGCCGGCAGCCCACCGCCGCCCCAAUGCGCCUGGAGAGCAGGGUGGUGCCCUGCCUCCAGGCCCGAGCCCUGCCCGUCGUGCCCCCCAAGCCCCAUUACGCCAUCCUGCCCCCAGCACUAAAGGCCCGGCCCCGGCCCGCCGCCGACCACCCGCCGCUCAGUCCCGUGGCCCGCUCCGCCGCCUGGCGCAAGGCAGGCAGCCAGUCCUUCGACGAGGCGGUGGCGCGGCGCCGGGACCAACAGGGUCUGGCCGCCUCGUCCCGUCCCCACCUCCGGCCCUUCGUACGGGGCGACUCCCUGCCCUCCCCCCGGGACAGGCUCAGUCUUCCGCCCGGCGCGCCCUUGUCCCGGGCCACCGGUCCCGGAUCGCCUACCCCGCCCCGCUGCCGCUCUCUGGCCCUGGAGGCGGAGGCGCCGGAGUGAGGGGCCCGGAGCAGGGGUCUAGUGGUUGUGUCCACCGCAGGAUGCGGGGGAGG